ACAUAUCUGACUGAUAUAAAGGCAGAAGAUACAGGGGGAGAAGAAGAGACGUAUGUGACUGAUAUAAAGACAGAAGAUAUAGAGGGAGAAAAAAAGACGUAUGUGACUGUUAUAAUGGCAGAAGAUACAGAGGGAGAAGAUGAGACGUAUGUGACUGAUAUAAAGACAGGAGAUAUAGAGGAAGAAGAAGAGAUGUAUGUGACUGAUAUAAAGGCAGAAGAUAUAGAGGGAGAAGAAGAGACGUAUGUGACUGAUAUAAAGGCAGAAGAUAAAGAGGGAGAAAAAGAGACGUAUGUGACUGUUAUAAUGGCAGAAGAUACAGAGGGAGAAGAAGAGACGUAUGUGACUGAUAUGAAGCCAAAAGAUAAAGAGGGAGAAGAAGAUACGUAUGUGACUGAUAUGAAGACAGAAGAUAUAGAGGGAGAAGAAGAGACGUCUGUGACUGAUAUGAGGGCAGAAGAUACAGAGGGAGAAGAAGAGACGUAUGUGACUGAUAUGAAGCCAAAAGAUAAAGAGGGAGAAGAAGAUACGUAUGUGACUGAUAUGAAGACAGAAGAUAUAGAGGGAGAAGAAGAUACGUAUGUGACUGAUAUGAAGACAGAAGAUACAGAGGGAGAAGAAGAGACGUCUGUGACUGAUAUGAGGGCAGAAGAUACAGGGGGAGAAGAAGAGACGUAUGUGAGGGGUGAUCAGCAGUGUAAAGAGGAGGAGAUCCCUAUAGAUAUCAGCACAGAUGGACACACAAGCAGGAAUAUCUCAGAAAGACAUCUAAUGUUAUCCCCGGAUUGUGACAUAAAAGAUAAUGACAGUAUACAGGAUACUCCAGGAGAUAACCCCAUUACCCCAAUUAUACAUCCAACUCUAUCAGCUGAUCCCUCUGAUCCUGGGAAAUGUUCUCCUGAUCACUCUGAUAUUGGUGCAUCUGUUACAGCUCUGAGAGUAGAUACAGAGUUUCGCUGUUCUAUAGAUGCCAAUUGUUUUACAAAGAACACAAAGCUUAUUAACCCACAGACAGGUAAGGCAGGUGAGAGGCCAUUUCUAUGUUCUGAGUGUGGGAAAUGUUUUACAUACAAAUCAGCUCUUGUUACACAUCAGAGAAGGCACACAGGUGAGAAGCCAUUUCCAUGUUCUAAGUGUGGGAAAUGUUUUACAUACAAAACGACUCUUGAUGCACAUAAGAGAAGUCACACAAGUACAUCACCAUUUCCAUGUUCUAAGUGUGGGAAAUAUUUUGCACAGAUAUCACAACGUGCUAGACAUCAGAGAAGUCACACAAGUGAGAGGCCAUUUCCAUGUCCUGAGUGUUGGAAAUGGUUUGCACAGAAAUCAGAUGUUGUUAAACAUCAGAUAAGUCACACAGGUGAGAGGCUAUUUCCAUGUUCUGAGUGUGGGAAAUGGUUUGCACGGAAAUCAGAUCUUGUUAAACAUCAGAGAAGUCACACAGGUGAGAAGCCAUUUUCUUGCUCUGAGUGCGCAAAAUGUUAUACUCUGAAAGCACAACUUGUUAUACAUCAGAGAAGUCACACAGGUGAGAAGCCAUUUCCAUGUUCUGAGUGUGGGAAAUGGUUUGCACACAAAUCAGAUCUUGUUAGUCAUAACAGAAGUCACACAGUGGAGAAUCCAAUUUCUUGCACUGAGUGUGGGAAAUGUUUUACACGGAAAUCACAACUUGUUACACAUCAGCGAAGUCACACAGGUGAGAGGCCAUUUCAAUGUCCUGAGUGUGGGAAAGGGUUUGCACAGAAAUCAAAUCUUGUUAGACAUCAGAGAAGUCACACAGGUGAGAAGCCAUUUCCAUGUUCUGAAUGUGGGAAAUGUUUUGCACACAAAUCAGAUCUUGUUAGUCAUAACAGAAGUCACACAGUGGAGAAUCCAAUUUCUUGCUCUGAGUGUGGGAAAUGUUUUACACGGAAAUGCCGCCUUGUUAUACAUCAGAGAAGUCACACAGGUGAGAAGCCAUUUCCAUGUUCUGAGUGUGGGAAAUGUUUUGCACUCAAAUCAUCUCUUGUUAGACAUCACAGAAGUCACACAGGUGAGAAGCUAUUUUCUUGUACCGAGUGUGGGAAAUGUUUUACACAGAAAUCACAUCUUGUUAGACAUCAGCAAAGUCACACAUGUGAGAAUCCAUUUCCAUGCACUGAGUGUGGGAAAUGUUUUACACAGAAAUCACAACUUGUUACACAUCAGAGAAGUCACACAGGUGAGAAGCCAUUUUAAUCUUCUGGAGUAUACUUAUCAUUGCCAGGCGUUGUUCUUCAAGGUUCUUAUCCUAUCUCCUAUGCUUUUUGCAAUAUACAUGCUACCGCAGGGUGAAAUAAUCAGAUGUCAUGCCCUCAUCUGCCACUGCUAUACAGAUGACCUGUCUUUUACUCCGUGUACCGAGAACCCAGUACCAAUCCUAAAUGGUUGUCUAGCUGAGCUCCAGGUGUGGGUGAUGCAAGUUGGCUGUGACUCAGUCCUGGUGAAACAUGUCAUUAUGAUAGGAGUUCACCACCAAAGGGCAGGGCUACAGCUCAGCUUUGCAAACCAACCUAGACAUGCUUGGGCGUUCAGAGUUACAAAAUGCUGAUCCCGUGCGGAAUCUAGGUGUCCUGGAUGGCGGAGUGUAACUUAGACAUCAGGUAUCUGCCACAAUCUGAUCCUCAUCUGAGGAACAUAGCCAGAUUCCAGCACUUAUUUCCCUCAGAAGAUCUACAUGAUGAGGAAAGGCUUGAAAGACUAGGCAUGUUUACAUUGGAAAAGCGGAGACUAAGAGGGGAUAUGAUCAACAUCUACAAAUAUAUAAGGGGACAAUACACAGAGCUUGCACGGGACCUGUUUUUGGUUAGAUCAACACAGAGGACUCGUGGACACUCGCUCAGGUUAGAGGAGAGGAGAUUCGGCACAAUACGGCGUAAAGGCUUUUUCACGGUAAGGACAAUACGUGUUUGGAAUUCCCUGCCCGAGGGAGUUGUAAUGGCAGAAUCUGUCAACACCUUUAAGAAUGGGUUAGAUAAAUUCCUAUUGAAUAAGGGUAUCCAGGGGUAUGGUGCAUAGUCAUGCAUUAUAGUUACUAUAAAUAGGGAUAAAAUGCAAUGGCUGACAGCAGCAUCAGUCAGAAAUUUUAGUCAAAUCAUCAUGCAUAGGACACCACAAAUAGGUUGAACUCGAUGGACAAUUGUCUUUUUUUCAACCUCGGAUACUAUGUUACUAUGUCAUACAUGCACUUGUAUCCUCCCAUUUAGACUACUGCAAUGCCCUCUACCUGGGUCUCCCAGCAAUAGAAUUGCACCGCUUCUACAGAAUGCAGCAGCCAGUCUGUUACCUAACCAGCCCGUUCCUGCCACAUAACACCCAUUCUCUGCUCCCUUCACCGGCUGCCUGUAAGAUAGUGACUCUGGGCCUAAUUCAGGUUGGAUCGCAGUGUGAUCAAAAUGGAAUUAUUCAGAAAAAGUUGCGGAUGCAUGCGCAGUGCCAAUCCUGCGCAUGCGCCGCAUUUUCUGCAGAAAAUGCGAUUGCCUGUCAGGCAGAGGCAGUCACCUGGGGUGAGCGGGCAAUGCUCCAUUUCCAGGGAGGAGGCGGUGUGGCGUGAAUGGAGGGCAGAGGUGGACAAGCGGGCAUCAUCACGGUGGCUAUGUGACAUCACAUGCUGCCGCCGUGAUUGAGAAGAAUUUGGCGGGCCUCCUGCGGUAGCAGCUAAGCUGCGGCAGCAGGAGGCUUCACUAACUUCUACGAUGAAGCAGAAAUCGCAAUCACAAUUUCUGUUUCAUCAAGGGGGGGAGGCGGCGGUCAGCAUUCUGGGUGGCUUUGCCCUGCGAUGGGCGGCCCUUAGCAUGCUAGGAAAAGGACUGCUAAUUAGCAGAAUUUGCAAUCCUUACUGAAUUAGUCCUGCUAUUAAAUCUUACUGACUCCCAGCCUUGCAUGACCAUGGUACCAGAAGCAGCUUCUGCCUCUGUACUGCCCUGCUUUCUUCCAUCUGUUGAUGAAGGACUGUUAGCAGUACCAUAAAUCCCCAAGCAGUGCUUAGAUGUCGGGGAGACAGGGUAGGUGGCAGUAGUGCAGUAGCGGGGGCUGCUGGAGGCAGUGUCUAAGUGGGCAAUAUUGUCCCCAAGCAGCGCUGAGGUGUCAGUGGGGAGAUAGGGCA